AUGAAGGUUGUCCGUGGCGGCGCGCUCCCAGCAGGGCUGUAUGGUACAUGUGUCAGAGGCAUGGCGGAUAGUCGAAUCAAGGGUAGAACGUUGGAGUUCAUGCUUUCCAGUAACCCUGCCUCAGACCCAGAGUACCAGGCCAAUCGUUUGCCGCUUAUUGCCUGGAGCCGCGCAGCUCGUGAAGGAUGGGCUGCGACGGAGACGAUGCGUGCAUGCUUUUCGGCGGCGCAGACGGCCCCGUCUUUCGCCUGGCAGGGCGUUCGAGGGCCAGCUGGGGCAGUAGUGCUUGCCCUGAAGCGGCUCGGUUGGGAGCCCCUGGUCUCGUUGGUCUCGGAGUUCAGGCACCGCGCUGGGGCUCAGGGCGAUGUGAAAGCCAGGCUGUUGUCGGGGCUUGUUGCUGGAGGCUACCCGGCCCAGUGCACUUUGUAUCUGGACAGGUGUCUGAUGCGUUCGCCCGAGGCGGGCUGGCCACUCGCCGUCCAGACGCCAGCCGUCCAGCGGGACAAGUACCCGCAAAAUGGAGUGCUUCAGAAGCGUAUGUGCAUAGACGGCUCGGCGAUCGAGCCCGAGCUGCCGUUCACUCGGGCAGGACGGGAGAACAUAAUCUUGAUAAAAUUCAAGUCCCACCUCAGCAGGACCAAGGCCCUCGAGAGGGGCCACUCGAUCUGGGCCUGGAAGGGAAAGAGGGAGGCGGAUAGGCACGCCUGCGCCGCCUCCUCGGCGCCCUCCCCGGGCUCCUCCGUGCCCGCCGCGUCCUCGGCGAUGGCCCCGGGGUCCUCGACCGCGUCCACGGGCUGGUCGCCGGGGCUCGCCAGGACGAGGCUCCUGGGCGCCAGCACGCCGAGGCUCGACCCCGGGCCCUGGGGAGAGCUCACACCGCCGAGUCAGGUCCGCGCAGGGGCGCCUGGCACGCGCACCUCCAGCACGUCGCAGGUCCUCGCCGAGGGUCCACUGGCACCCUUGGAGCUGCCUUGGCUCUCGCUGUCCUUGCCGGUGCCAGCCAGGUCGGAGGGAGGACAGCGGAGACAGUCUGGCACCAUCCUGUUUUUCGCGGGGCGGUGUUUCAUCCGUGAAGCGCCCGGCAUGUUCCACAGCACGCUUGUGGUGUCGCUCGCCUUCCAGCUUGGCGCCAGCGGGGACGUAGUGCGGCGCAAGAAGGUGCUGAGCUUCCGGUCCGACGACACCCUGCAGCGCGUGUACGAGACCAUCUCGGGCAUGCACGGCGGCCCGCCGCUGUGGCCCAAGGACUACGCUCAGCGGGUGAUGGAGGGGGCCGCUGCAUGCUUGCGCAUCAACGCCAGCACGGAAGGCGCGCCCGACAAGUGGCAGCACUGCCUGCCGUCCAGCCGGCUGUGCAGCUUCGAGCGGGAGCUGGGCCAGGGAAACACGGUCCAGCUGCUGCUUCAGCUGACACCCUCCGACGAGUUUCACGACGAGGACGUGCAGUACCAUUUGGCCACCCAAGGCAGCGGGCCCGUCAUCAAGGUGAAGGGAACUUUCCUGGACGUGGAGGACAGGAACGAGGAGGACCGGGCGGCCCUGAGCCCGCGCGCCCUGUCCGACCCGGGCUCGCAGUCGAGCUUUCUGUCCGAGGCGGUGAACGCGGGCGUCGAGGAAGUGAGGAUGCGCAACCUGCGGCACGAGGCCUACAUCCGGCAGAGGCUCAUGCCCCGGAUCUCGGACCGCUCGAUGCGAGGAGGUGGUGCGUGGCGCUCGCUGGCACGCCGAAGCACAGGUUCUGCGGCUGCGACGGCAGCAAGCUCGUGCGUGAAGAUCAGGACCUCGGUGGUUUCUUGGCCCUGGGCAGGGCCAGGGGCAACUGCGACCCUGGGGCCACGAGGGCCCUUUUCCCCGGCCCCGGAUGGAUUUGGCCGACCCCCCGCGUCGAUGCUGGGUUCGUCUGGAUGGUCCACCCCCCUCUGGCACCCUUGA